UUCUUUAUAUACCAAAAUAAUAAUACUGCACAUUUUCUUUGUUUUUUUCUCUGUUUCUGCUUGUUUUUUUGCUGAGAGAAAUGAGUCUGACAGCGAAAACAGUGUGUGUAACAGGAGCUUCAGGUUACAUAGCUUCAUGGCUAGUCAAAUUCUUGCUACAUCGUGGUUACACUGUGAAGGCUUCUGUUCGUGAUCCAAAUGAUCCCAAGAAAACACAGCACUUGCUUUCUCUUGGUGGGGCCAAGGAGAGGCUUCACUUGUUCAAAGCAAACCUGUUAGAAGAAGGUUCAUUUGAUGCUGUGGUUGAUGGAUGUGAAGGUGUAUUCCAUACAGCGUCUCCUUUUUACUACUCCGUUACAGACCCACAGGCCGAAUUACUUGAUCCUGCUGUUAAGGGAACACUCAAUCUUCUUGGUUCAUGUGCCAAAGCACCAUCAGUAAAACGAGUUGUUUUAACAUCUUCCAUAGCUGCAGUUGCUUAUAGUGGUCAGCCUCGGACACCUGAGGUUGUGGUUGAUGAGAGCUGGUGGACCAGUCCAGACUACUGCAAAGAAAAACAGCUCUGGUAUGUCCUCUCAAAGACAUUGGCUGAGGAUGCUGCGUGGAAGUUUGUGAAGGAGAAAGGCAUUGAUAUGGUUGUAGUAAACCCUGCUAUGGUUAUUGGUCCUUUGUUACAGCCUACACUUAAUACCAGUUCUGCUGCAGUCUUGAGCUUGGUAAAUGGUGCUGAGACAUACCCAAAUUCCUCUUUUGGGUGGGUUAACGUGAAAGAUGUUGCAAAUGCACAUAUUCUCGCAUUUGAGAACCCUUCAGCUAAUGGGAGAUACUUAAUGGUUGAGAGAGUUGCACACUAUUCUGAUAUAUUGAAGAUAUUGCGUGACCUUUAUCCUACUAUGCAACUUCCAGAAAAGUGUGCUGAUGACAACCCAUUGAUGCAAAACUAUCAAGUAUCAAGGGAAAAGGCAAAAAGCUUGGGUGUUGAAUUUACUACCCUUGAAGAAAGCAUCAAAGAAACUGUUGAAAGUUUGAAGGAAAAGAAGUUUUUUGGAGGUUCAUCUGCUAUGUAAAAGGCUUCUCAAAGCUUUUAUGGUUGUUGAACAAUAGUACCCUCCCCCUCACCCCACCCCACCCUACCCUACACGCCUUUUUUUUCUUCUUUUGGCUAAUUUUAGAAUCGAGAAGUCGAAUGCUAUAUCCGUUAAUAAAUUUCGAUCAGAUGAGGUUGAAAUUUGUUCUAUAUCUAGAGAAUUUCAUAGACUGGUUUGAUAGAAGAAAUUUGUGUUUUAUUGAGUUGGUUUGUAGGAGAAGACCAAAUGGAUUUAUUGAUAUUUGAAGGUUUGAGUUGAAUCCAAAAUUUUCAGGCUCAGAUAUCAAA